AUGUCUCCAACAAUGGCAGUAAGUGAUCCGAAGGGUGAGGAUGACCACACACCGGGAAGUCAAUAUCAGAAAGGAGUGAAGCAGCUGGUUGAGAAUGGCCUUCACACUGUACCUAAAAAAUACAUACUUCCUCCUUCUGAUCGACCUGCUUAUACGAAUUCAGAAGAUUCAAAUGUUCUCAAGCAAAACCUUCAGCUACCCAUCAUUGAUUUUUCUGAUUUGCUUGGUCCAAGUAGGCCCCAAGUUCUUCAAUCCCUAGCCAAUGCUUGUGAACAGUACGGAUUUUUUCAGCUUGUAAACCAUGGCAUCUCAGAUGAUGUUAUCAACAGCAUGAGAGAUGUGGUUGGCAGGUUCUUCGAUCUUCCUUUUGAGGAAAGAGUUAAGUACAUGACAACUGAUAUGCGUGCACCGGUUCGAUAUGGAACAAGCUUCAGCCAAACCAAAGACACUGUAUUCUGCUGGAGAGACUUCUUGAAACUCCUUUGCCAUCCCUUGCCUGAUUUCCUACCCCAUUGGCCUAGUUCCCCCAUGGACUUUAGGAAAGAGGCGGGUACCUACGCGGAAGAAACCAAACACUUAUUCCUGACGUUGAUGGAAGCCAUCGAAGAGAGCUUAGGAAUAAGAAAAGGUGACGAAGAAAAGGACAAUAUUCUGAAAGAGUUGGAAGAUGGGAGCCAAAUGAUGAUGCUCAAUUUCUACCCAACAUGCCCUGAACCCGAUUUAACACUGGGGAUGCCACCUCACUCUGAUUAUGGAUUCCUCACACUCCUCCUCCAAGAUGAGGUUGAGGGCUUGCAGAUCCAAUUCCAAGAACAAUGGUUCACUGUUAAACCUCUCAAAAAUGCCUUUGUUGUCAAUGUUGGUGAUCAUCUAGAGAUAUACAGCAACGGGAAAUACAAGAGUGUGAUACACAGAGUUCUUGUGAAUGCAGAGAAGAAUAGGACAACAGUGGCAUCGCUGCAUAGCCUUCCUUUCAACUGCACAGUAAGACCGUCACCCAAACUCAUUGACGAAGGGAAUCCCAAACGUUACGAAGACACCGAUUUUGAUACUUUUCUAGCUUACGUUACUACCCGAGAGCCCAAGGUCAAGGAUUUCCUCCACUCUAGGCAAUUGACAAAACAUGAUUUUAAAAACAAUUACAAUUAA